GUAAGCGUAACGAAUUUAUCACACAUACCAAACGAACAAAACGAUAGUUUACAAAAACACGAAAGCACUAGUGAAAAUCAGAUCUAUAGCGAUAUAGCUGAGACACAAACCAACAAUGAGAAAAUUCCACCUCCUAAACCUCCGCGUAAAAAACGCAAACAAUCCCUUAUACCCAUAGCCAUACCCUCUAAACCAGAAAGAGAACCUCCCUUGCCUCCUUUACCCCCCUUACCUUCACUCUUGAACUCACAAAGUCCGGCCAGUGAGUCACCCACUUAUGAGUAUAAAAUCAUAACGAAAAAUAUACCUCCCUCCUAUUCCAAUCAAAGUACGUUGAGAAAAAGUUCUUUACCCCGACCCACCAGUCGUUUGGCUAUGUUGGUCAAGGCUAGAAAACCUUCUCUCAAACACACCCACUCCACUUCCUCGUCCUUUGCCUUCCUGCCCUAUCUACCGGCCAAACGUAAUUCGGAUGUUAGUAAUGUCUACGACAACUACAUGUUAUAUGCGGUACCGGCAGCUAUCAAUACUAAGGCCUAUAAACAAAAUUUAGUUAAUGAUCAUGCACAACUUUUCGGCUCUUCGGGUAAUCGUUAUCAUCCCGCCUAUGGAGGAGCAGGAGGACAUGGAAUGAAACGCAGAACUGUACGGAGUUCUGUGUCAACGCAUCAACCAUUUGGCAUAUGCACAUGUUCAUAGUACAGCUAAAGAAUAAAAGAAAA